CUUGUUUCUCCAUAGCCUCCUUUUCUCGAUUUUGGCUUUUGGGUUCAGUCAAGUUCCGAACUUGAUCUAUUAUUUAGAUACCCAUCGUCUUCUUCCUCUUCUUCUUCCUUUUGCUUUGCAUUGGUUUCAAGCAGAGUUGGGGAUUGGAAGAUACGGUAGUCAUAGUGCUGUAGUUGAGCUAUUUGCAGAUAGAGAAGAUGGGACUUAAGGACAAGAAGAAGACCAAGAAGCUUGCCCAGAGAGACUUGGAGCCUGUUGAAAAGGAUAAAAAGUCGGGCCUUUCAAAGAUGAAAAAGAGAAAAAGAGAUAAGGAAAACAAUGGUGAUUCGAGAAAAGUUGUUCACAUCUCUAUUGAAGAUAGCGCCCCUACAGCAGCCAAUGACAAGCAAAGGACAAAGAAACUAAAAAAAGGAAAAGUAAAGAAGGUGAAGAACAGUCGGGCAUUGGAUGGACAACGUGAUCCCUCUAAUCCUGAUGGUUUUGAUGUAUUAAAUGGCAUAUCCAAUAAAUCUCAGAAAAAGAAAACAAGGGAUAUGAAUUCAUCAAAUUCUGAGAAGUCUUUGGAAAAGAAAGAAGAAGCUAAUCAUGAGGACGUUUACCUUAUCUCCUCUGAGGAUGAGGGCAUCCCAAAAGGAAUGAAAAAAUGGAUAAUGGAAUACCAGCAAAAUAGACCUGGCUUGAAGGUACUGCAGGAAAGAAUUGAUGAGUUCAUUAUUGCACAUGAGGCAAAAUUGGAACAGGAAAGAAAAGAUAGAGAAGCCCUCUCUGCUGAGGAGGGAUGGCAACUUGUACAGCAUCAUAAAGGAAGAAAGAAGACCAAGGAUGCUGAUGGAAUUACAGUUGGCUCUGUUGCCCAGGUUGUCGUGGAGACCAAGAGGGCCAAGAAGAAGAAUACAGAUGUUGGCCUAGAUUUUUACCGGUUCCAGAGGAAAGAGGCUCAGAGGAAUGAAAUUAUGAUGCUUCAGAGCAAAUUUGAGCAGGAUAAAAAGCGGAUACAGCAGAUCAGAGCAGCGAGGAAAUUUAAACCAUACUGAAUGCCAUGUAUACAUAACAGCCGAGAAUGAAUUGUUUUUGUUCUGAAUGUUAAGAGAUUAGUCAUACAGGCAUACUAAACGAAAUGUUUUGGCCUCUAAUGUUGGUUCAACUGGUUUUCAGCAGUGUUAUUGAGAUGCUUGACA